ACUCGCCGUGUCACCGUCCCCUUCGCCGCGUUCCCGGCUCUUUUCUUUUAACUCUCCUUCAGUACGUCUCCGCCCGUCCGCGCCUGUGUUCUACCGAAGAGAGAACGAUUCCGUUCGUACGACACCGCGUCGCACGCACUGUCGUGUGGCCCGUUCGCGCUCUCUCUCUCUCUCUCCCUUUUCUCUCUUUCUCUCUCUCUUUCUCUCCGUUGGGUAUUAAGCGUGCCCGCGCGCGCUCAACACGCGCCAACAUUCGCCAUUGAAGCAACCGAGUACAAUUUGCGAUGUGUGAUAAUACUAACACGACGACGCAGAGUAUAGCGGACUACCUGUCACAGUUGUUGAAGGACCGGAAGCAGCUAGCUGCCUUCCCAAAUGUCUUCAUACACGUGGAGCGUCUGCUGGACGAGGAGAUUGCGAAGGUGCGGGCGAGUCUCUUCCAAAUCAGCGGAGUGAAGAAGGAGCCGCUCAUCUUGCCGGAACCCGAGGGCGACAUCACGACGCUUACAGAGAAGGUCUAUGUACCCGUUAAGGAACACCCAGACUUCAACUUUGUCGGGAGGAUUUUGGGACCACGAGGCAUGACCGCGAAACAAUUGGAGCAGGAGACAGGAUGUAAAAUCAUGGUUCGCGGGAAAGGGUCGAUGAGGGACAAAAAGAAGGAGGAGCAAAAUCGGGGCAAGCCGAAUUGGGAACACCUGACGGACGAGUUGCACGUGCUGCUCACUGUCGAGGACACGGAGAAUCGUGCCACCUUGAAGCUCGCCCGUGCCGUCGAGGAAGUCAAGAAGCUUCUCGUGCCCGUGCAGGCUGACGGCGAGGAUGAGCUAAAGAAGAGGCAGCUAAUGGAACUCGCCAUUAUCAAUGGGACUUAUCGGGAUUCCAACACGAAGGUUGCCGCCGCAGCAGCCUGCGACGAGGAAUGGCGACGAGUUGCCGCCGCCGCGGCAGAGACGCAACGCCUGCUGCCGGGUCUGGCGUCCCCGAUGCGGACACCGAGUGCUCCUCUGGGCGCUCCGUUGAUCCUCUCGCCUCGGAUAUCCGUACCGACGACUGCCGCGUCCCUGCUGAAUGGUUCCGGGCCACCCGGCUCGCUCCUGUCGGCCGGCGAUCCCCAUGGACUCAUCUACACGCCGUACGCGGACUACGCCAACUACGCUGCCCUGGCGUCGCCGUUGCUCACCGAAUACGCUACUGCUGAUCAUUCUGGCGCAGCGGCGGCCGCUGCCAAGCAGCGUAGACACCUGGGUCAGAUCCGCGAGCACCCUUAUCAAAGGGCCGGCGCUCUCUCGUGAACACACAGAGACAGCUCGAGUAUACAAAGAGAGAGAGAGAGAGAGAGAAAGAGAGAGCGAGAAAGAGAGAAAAAGCGAGAGAGAGAGAGAGAGAGAAAAAGAACUGUUCUCGCACCAACGCGAAAAGGCUUGGAGUGCUAACAAUGGAUAUCCACUCGCCCCGUGCUAACACCUGGACUCUGGAACAGCAUCCCGCGUUCGAUCGGUUCACCAACCAGCCGACCACCUUCGCCGUCCGUCCGCGUCACCAGCCCUGUUCGUCAAGCUUAUCCAUCAUCCUGUAUCCUCUUAAUGUUCAGAAACGUAGUUUCUCUUUCGGCGACGAAUCGUCGAUUGGAUUCCGAGCCAUUUCUCGUACGACGAACGCACGAUAUAUUAUUAAUUCAUAUAAUAUAUAAUUCAUUUUGCAAAACAUCACUCGGGUAACAAAAGUAGUCAUUUUGACAUCAAAUUAGGUCAAAAUGACGUCAAAAAGACUACUUUUGCUAUCUGGACAGUGCUUAUAAAGUGCACUAUAUAUA